UAAAUCGCUCUGCGCGCAACUUCAUGCUUGCCGUCCAUCUGUCAUCUGUCAUCUGUCAAACUUGAUUUUUCGAAAAAAUUCGAAAAACGAAAAAAUGACGACUUUGUUUUUUAUCGAAUCACUCUAAAAAAAUAUUACUCGGCUGAAAAAAAUCAAUUAUUCCGCAAAUCAAUUCAUCUGAAAAAGAGAAAGAGAGAGAUGGAGGAGGAGGCGAGAAGGAGAGAAACACAUGUUAUACCACGGGAAUCCUAACCUAUAAAAGUCUUAACUUAGGCUGAUCAGCUGAUGCAUCAUAUCGUCGAAAAAAAUAGAUUUAUUUAUUGCUGUAUAUUUGUAUUUUUGUCGUGAUAGAUCUGUCUUGAAAAUAAGAAUAAUACGAUGAAUGUGACUAGUAAAUUGUGUCAACUAAUGAUGAGACAGACAUUGAGAAGUUGCAGGAGUUUACACGCUACACAUAUAGCUAGGAAUGCAUACGAAGGUCCUGGUAAAACCACAGUUUCGUUUAUUAGCAAAGAGAUUGGCUCUCGACUUAUGGUGGUGCACUGCGAUGAGAUAGGAUUUACGUUCAACACUGGUGCACGAGUGAUAGGGCCGACUGUGGUCUUUCCAAGGUAUGCUCUCUGCUGGAACGUGUCAUCUGGCAAACAUAUAAAUCAUGCAUCUUUGUCACUGUUCUCCAUCCUCGAGCCAAAGCCUGAUCUCUUAAUCAUCGGAUUGGACGACAAAUACGAUUUUUCCUAUUUGCAAAAUCUCCGAGAAAUCGUUCAAAAGCUCGGUAUCAUCACGGAAAUUGUUUCUGUGCGCAAUGCGUGCACUACUUUCAAUUUCGUCAACGAAGAAGGGAGAUAUGUCGCUGCAGCUUUGAUACCGAAAAAAGUACCUCCACCUUUAUUGAAAUUACCAAAGAGUAAACCUGUGAAACAAGUAACCGAUUCUAGUGAUGCUGCAAAUAGGAAAACAAACAGUGAAAAGACGGAGAAUAUUACAAAUUAAUAAAAAAUGUGUAUAAUUUAUAUACAUAGGUACGAUAA